UUCGCGAGCUGCCUGGCUAGGCAGCUAACUUGUAGCCUGCUGACUAGAUAGUUAUUUCGUUCUUAAAGUAACGCAGUGAAAGAAACCAGUUCGUCUUCAUUUUCCCUGAAUAUCAUCUUUUUCUGACAUUUCGGGAGACCUGUGCAGGAUUUGAUGUCUCGUCUUUUUUUUCUAAUUCGGGAUGUAGCGAGCUAGCUUGCUGUAUAAUUUGGCAGCCUCAUACAUUGCGUAAUGACUGUAUUUUUAUUAUUUAAGGAAAAUAGGUGUCAGAUUGGAUAUUUUUUAAAUUAAAUUUUUGUCUUUGUUGCGUAGUUUUUAUGUGUUUUGCUAUGAAGAAACGUAUAAGUGUAUUUAAAUCUAACGUGCGACUUUGUAUGAGUGAGGAGAAGAGUGAGGAGCACGACCAGCAGGCCUCAAAGGACAAGACAUUCAAGUUGAAGAAGGUGAAGCGGGAUCGGCGGGAUGAAGAGCAGGAGGAGCCCACAGUGUCCAGCCAGCCUCCUGCACCAGGGGAGCAGCAACAGGACCAGAAGCCGGCAGCGGAGUCCGGGAAGGCGGCAUCUCCCCAUGCCGAGGAGGCCAACCCCGAAGCCUCAGGCUCUCCUAAGCAACGGCGUUCGAUAAUCCGUGACCGUGGGCCGCUGUACGAUGACCCCUCGCUGCCGCUGGGCUGGACACGGAGGCUGAAGCAGAGAAAAUCCGGUCGCUCGGCUGGGAAGUACGACGUCUACCUGAUAAACCCAGAUGGGAAAGCCUUCCGUUCCAAAGUGGAGCUGAUAGCGUACUUCCAAAAGGUAGGAGAUACCACCACCGACCCCAAUGACUUUGACUUCACGGUUACGGGCCGUGGGAGUCCUUCGCGGCGUGAGAAGAAGCCCCCGAAGAAGCCCAAGGUCGUGAAAGCUUCUGGACGGGGGAGAGGGCGCCCGAAAGGCAGCGGCAAGGUGCGGCAGGCUACAGAGGGUGUGGCCAUGAAGCGAGUGGUGGAGAAAAGCCCUGGCAAACUGCUGGUCAAGAUGCCAUUCGUCUCGUCGAAGACAGAGGUGGGUGGGCCCUCGGGACAGGCUACAGGCACCAAAACGCGGCCUGGCCGCAAAAGAAAGAUGGAGCAGGAACCGCAAACUGCUCCGAAAAAGAGGGGCCGCAAGCCAGCCAUGACCCCUGUCGCCGGCGGGAUGGUCUCCAGCACUCCCUACACGACUUCCAUCACGCUGGCCACCGAGGCCAAGAAGAAGGCCCCUAAGGAGUCUUCCGCAAAGCCGGUGCAGGAAACGGCACUUCCCAUCAAGAAGCGCAAGACGCGAGAGACUGUGGAGGAGUUGGAGGCGCCCGUCACAGCGACACCGGUCGCUGCUGCCACAGAGACUAGGGUGGAGCCGGGGGCGGGGCAAGGGCUGGGCCAGGGGGCGGGGACAGGUGCCAUGGCCGGGGUGGACGUGCUGGAAAAGGGACCGAAGUUGCCAAAAAGCCCGGGAAGGAAGCACAAGGAGGCGCCGGCGUCCCCGGGAAGCGGGGGCAGCAGUGGCAGCAGCAGCCCCUCCAAGACCCAGAAGAAGGAGCGAGCACAGCAGCACAAACACCAUCACCACCACCAUCACCACCAUCCGCACUCGCCCCCGCCUCCGCCUCUGCCGCCCUCACAGCCGGCCCCAUACCCAGCGCACGCACACCAACACUCCCACGGCCGAGCCACACAGGGGGGGGCUCCGGCUUUCCAAGACAACGAGCCCCAGGACUUGAGCACCCCGAGGUCCUGCCACGAAGACAAGCAGCAGCUCCUGGCCCACAAGGAGGUUGCCAGAGCCGACAGCUGUCCCAGCAGGGAUACAGUGACCAAGACUCAAGCGGCAGCAGCAGUGGCCAGCGACCUGAAAGGGAAUGAUGACACCCGGUGCAUAUGAAAGUAGGGGGUUACAUGUAGCUGUCAUCCAGCAGGAGUAAAAGACGCACAAACAUAACGAUGUUGACAUGAUGUAGCUCCUCUGUCACCUGGCCUUACCUGUUUUUUGACCUCUGCAUCGGAAUUAAGGAAAGAGGGGAUUUUGGGGUGGGGUAGGCCUAAGUACCAGAGAGAUUAACAAGACUAACGUUAUUCGACAGCCAGGAUGCAGACCCUGCUGGACAGUGUGUUGCGAUGGCAGGUCUGGGGAUAAAUAAAGACUGCUUGGGCACAGAAUGUUCUAGAUUAGUGCAAGGGAAGAAGAAAAGAUGUCCCUGUGCUUCCAGUUCCAGUAUACCUGUGUGCUUUGUGAACUGCUGGAAGGGGCAGAGGGGGGAUCUCCCCGUCCCCUUCUGGUCGGACAUCACUUUCAGUAGCAUCUCCAGUGUCGCGGGCACACAAGACUGUGGGACUGUACGGCAGUGUGCUGGAGAGCCCCCUCUCCGCUUCGGCGAUGUCUGCAGUGAGAGGACGCACGCACGCGGCGGCAGUGGUGACUGAGUGACCUUUGGAGCGUCGUUAGCUGAAAAUGAAAAGAUUAGUUUUCCUCCCAAAAGCUGAAGUGGAUGUCUACAUCCUGAGUGGGCAGCGUGGCCAGCGUGAGUAUGGAAAGCAGAGGAGCUGGCUUAUAGCUUGCACUUUCAAGACCCGGCUGCAACACAUUAUGCUCUGUUGUGUUUCAAUAUUCCCAUCUCGGCUCUUUUUUUUUUUAUUUGCCCAUAACACCUAGCAGUAAACUGUCAGUUUCCGGUAUCUAGUUCUUUCAAUGAAAUGUUUCUGCAUCCCAUUGUAUGUCCUUGUUCAACAUCUUUGUUCCAGCGUCUUAAAGCUCCACAGAACUUCCCUUUGACACCCAGAGUGACCUCAGCAGAAGGUGUCAUUACUCAAAAGUAGUAUUUCAGCAGACGCUUUGCAUCUGUGCCAUACACAUUGGGGAGCUUGAAACGAUGGCUGUAACAAUUGUGAUCACUGUUACUAUCCCUCCAUUCAUUUGAAAAGUUGUAUAUUCUGAAAUAAGUGAAUAAGUCUUUGCUGAAGUUUAACACAACCAGAGUUUGGUUAAGUUUGGAAUGAGGUCCAUAAAUGAUCCUGAUCAAGAAACAUUUUCCUCUUUGUAACUUUCAUUUGAAAUUUGCUGUGGUGUAAUUUGUCUUUACAUCAUGAUAUUACAAUGGUACUCCUUUGCCAGCAGAAAAUUACCACCACCUAUCCUACUUUUUAUGCCACUUUGGUUCCAAAUAAUAAAGACCAAGAUUUCACAAAAUAUACAGUCAGUUUACAACUCGAAAGCCCAGGUGAUAAUUCAAUUUGUAUUUUUGAUACCAAAACACAACUAGAUCUGUGAGUAGCGAUGGGAAGAAGCCCACUAUGAGCAAAUUAAUAUGGAUGAUAUAAAGACAUUUCACCCAUUUGUGAAUAUAGGAACUGUGAGUAUGAUGUACAUUUUUAAAAUGAUUGAUUGUAUAAAGUGUAUCAAAUGAUGGGGCACAGAUGCUUAACUUGUAUGGGAAAAAGUCUAUUUAUAACAAUAAUAAACCAUAUUAAUUUCUACAACAUUUUCAGAAUUAAAAGUGAAAGACGUUUAUUUGAGUAAUCAUUAUAGAUCCUUUAAUAUGUCAGCUAAGGAAAAAUGAAUUUAAAAAUUAUUUUUUGUAAUUAUUUCUUUAGCAUUUCUGGGUGUUAACCUCUCUAACGUAUGUCUUAAAAAGAUCCUGAUGUUCAGGUUGAAUGGUCUUGCAGAAUGCAGUGUUUCUGGUUCCAGGCCUCUGUCUGGCUUUGGACACCUGUCCAGUUCAACACAUUCAUGCUGUGCCCUGGGCGCAUAUUACUGCAGACAUAUUUUAAUGCAUCUGCAGGGCAGGGCUGCAGAACCCUGCCUGGCUCUCUGAUGUUUUUCUACUGAAGUAAAGGAGGUUGAUUGGCUGUCGGGCUAAGACAGAUUCAGACUGGCAGCAGACGCUGUAACCUGGCAUGUACUGCCUGGCAGGAAACUCAUACAGAGAAGCAUGAUUCUCUCAGCCACUUAAAGUGCAGCAGAAACAGAAGCGACAUCCACUGGUUGUAUAUACAUAAUGUACAUGCAUACCGAUGUCUUUCAGACAUUCAUUAUGUUGUUUUAGUCAAACAAGUUUUGUCUUUUGUUAACUUUUUUUGUCUUGCUGUUCAGUAGAAUAUUUGCACUUUUAUAGAUGAAAAUUGUGUAUUAACGUAUUCGUUGUUCUUUCAGCUUUUUAAAUAUUUUAAUUUCUUCAUGCAGUAUAUAUAUAUAUAUAUAUAUAUAUAUAUAGAGAGAGAGAGUUUAGUGUGGCUAACCUGAUUGAAUAUUUAAUUAUACAAUAUAUACAUAGGUAUAUACUGUAUUAAUGUUAUCUUACUGAAGGCUGACUUACUGGGGUCUAUAUUUUUAAAUAUUGUGCUGUGAAAUCCCCUGUAAGAUUUUAGGUUUUUCCUUGGGAUUUUGAUUUUGCUGCCUUUGGCUGCCAAGCUGAAUAUGAACUACAAAUAUUGCUUUGGACAUGCAGUUGUGCAUCAUACCACCAUUUACAUCAUCCUGGGGAUGAAUGUUCCCGAUACCUCUAGUUAGGUUUGUUGUGCGUUUUCAUGUUUUCAUGGUUAGGGUUUUAUUUCCAAGGGCUUGUUUGCCUCUCGAAGGUUUGAUAAUCUAUGUGUUUUGUUUUCAAGCUUAAAAGGGACCCAUUUACACAGUUACGUUUUGGGUUAACAAUGCAAACGUUCAAAAAGUUUUUAAAAAUUGCUAUGAAUUACGACAUUCUGUAAAAUGCUUUUACUGCACAGUACAAAGCAAGCAAAGAAAUCACCCCAGGCUUUAGCCUUUAGUAUAUAAAACGCACAUCUAAAAAUCUGCUGCCUCUAUUGAAACAACAAAUUACACUAGGUUUCUCUUGAAUGCUGCAAAUUAUCCUAAAAUCUGUAAAACUGAUCCAUAUUCUAAAAGAAUGUAAAUUGGUAAACAAGGCACUAAUGUCUGGUGAGUGGGCAAGUCGGAACCAUCCAGUGGAUACGCAACACUCCCAUUUAUUUAUAUAUUUGUUAAAAACCAUCCUUCCUACUUUGAACUUUUCAUUAAAUUACAUAUAUGUUUGCCAUAUCUUAUCACCACUAUGUUAUAUCCUCGAUCUUUGAAAGAAAUUUAUACCAAAAACUUCCAGUGCAAUGUGGUAAUUAUACAUUUUUUCCUGCUUUUUAGGGAUCUGUAAAUUGGUAUGUUUGCAUUUCAUAUUUAUUUAGUAUUUAUUCAGACAUGCUGCUAAAUAUGUGCAAAGGCUCAGUAAAAGCAUGCAAAUUCAUAUUUUUGUAUAGUUGCAAACCAAUAAUAAUUUGAAAUCUGAACAUUUCUAGCGUUACAUCCAUACUGUUCUUUACUCUGUUAUUUUUACCACUGUGAGCUUCUGAAAAAUGUUACACAGAAUAUACCCAACUUCCAAAUGUGUAAUGGACUUCUCUAACUGGUUUCUCAUGAACUUUUUGCAGUUUUUCCAAGGAUACUAUUGGCAGGAUUUCAGAUAAAUAACAUUUCCAAUGGGACUCACCUAAUGUUAACACAUCAAUUAAUGAAUAUCUGUGAAAUCCAUUGGUUGCUCUGUGAAUAUCUUCUCAAAUUGGCUGUUUUCAGAACUGUAUUACUUCCUUUUUAGUUGUUGAACUAUUUUGCACCCACACCACACUGCUAUUCACUCUUAUUGGAUACAUGCUUACACCAAGGAGAACAGCUGUAUGUGACUGAAUGUUAUCACUGCAUUGUGUAAUGCUUCUCCUGUGCAGCAUAGUUGAAUUUGAUCCAGUGACCUUUAUGAAGAAGUUCAGGGGACCUACUCCUGUUCACUGUGUUGCUUUAGUAGACAGAGUCCCUCACUCUCACUGUUUCUUGCUAUCGCACAUACACAAAGCCCCAGAAGUAAGAAGAUUAUGUCAGUGACCCAAAGAGCUCAAAAAACUGCUCUAAAAUCACUGGGUGAAUCACAGGACUUUUUCAAUCACAAGCAGUCAAGUUCUUUAAUGGAUGAAUAAAAUGUUUGUGGGUCCCUAGAUAGUGAAAUCAAAUAAAAACAGGUUGCUUCUUAAAAUUUUCAGAUUAAUAAAGUAUCAAUUAUUUUUCUCAUAAACGAUACCUGUAAAUGGUGUCUCUAAAGUGGUAAAUGGUGAUUCAAAGAAUAUUUGCAUACCUUGAAAAGUUUUUAUGAGGUCAUAUGUUUAUUUUUGUAAAAUAAUUGUUCUGAUAUUAAAAGCUGAAACUAAACAAUAGCUUAAAUUGUAAUUGUAAUUAUUAUUGAAUAGUGUAUUGCUAAAAUAUAUGAUGAAUCUGAGACUGUGUCCUCCUUUGUCUUAUCUCCCUCAGUAAAAGUAAACCCCUCUCAA